CUAUAAUGGAGAAGCGCAACUUGGUCGAACACCAUUUACUUCGAAUCGCCACACGACACGUAAGCUCAUGGUAUCAUUUAGCGACCGAUCGCCGGAUCCAACAGAGGAGGAAGUCGCCUCCUCCCCCUCCCGUCUCCAUCCUCUUCCGCUCUCUUCCGCUCUCAUCCCUCUCUUCCCCCAAUCCAUUUCUAGGGUUAGGGUUUUGAACGGCGGCGGCGGCGGCGACUGCAACGGCUCCUCGGAGUGAAGCCAAUUCCGGUGGCGGCGGAGCGAGGUAGGUGAUGAGGUCGUGGCGCCAUUACCACUCCAACAGGGAGGGGGCGCUCGUCGCCCUUAUUGUCCUCCUACUUCCGGUCUUCUUCCCCGGCCUCUUCUCCCCUCUCGGCCGCGUCUCGCCCUCCAUCUUCUCGGAGUGGAACGCCCCUAAACCUCGGCAUCUAGCUCUUUUGGAGGGAGCUUUACAUCGGAAAAUAUCGGAUGAACAGAAGAGUGAGCUCUGGUCACAGUUAAGUCCUCAAGGAUGGAAACCAUGCAUUGGGUCAGCAAGUAGACCUGUUCUCCCUGCUAAGUCAAGUGGAUAUAUUCAAGUAUUUCUUGACGGUGGAUUGAAUCAACAAAGGAUGGGGAUCUGCGAUGCAGUUAUUGUUGCUAAAAUUCUUAAUGCAACCCUUGUUAUCCCGCACCUUGAAGUAAACCUGGUUUGGCAAGAUUCAAGCUCAUUUGAGGAAAUCUAUGAUGUGGAUCACUUUAUUAAUUUUUUAAAAGAUGAAGUUUCAAUAGUUAGAGAGUUGCCGAAAGAAUUUUCCUGGAGCACGAGAGAGUACUAUGCUCUAGGUAUUCGAGCUACAAGAGUUAAGACUGCACCUGUUCAUGCUUCCGCAAAUUGGUAUCUAGAAAAUGUUCUUCCUGUUCUACAGAGUUAUGGAAUAGCUGCCAUUUCCCCAUUUUCACACCGGUUAGCUUUCGACGAUUUACCCAAGGAAAUUCAACAGCUACGCUGUAAAGUAAACUUCCAAGCUUUGAUUUUCGUUCCACAUAUUAAUGCAUUGGGUGAGUCCCUUGUGAAACGCUUAAGGAAUCCAGUCAACCCACAUUCCAAUGAAAUUUUGCAAGAGGUAGUGGAGGAAAAUGCUAAUGAGGAGUCAGGGAAAUUUGCUGUUUUACAUCUUCGAUUUGACAAGGAUAUGGCUGCACAUUCUGCCUGUGAUUUCGGUGGUGGCAAAGCUGAGAGGCUAGCUUUGGCCAAGUACAGGCAAGUAAUUUGGCAAGGAAGGGUCUUAAACUCUCAGUUCACCGAUGAGGAGCUCCGGAGCCAGGGUCGAUGCCCACUGACUCCAGAAGAAAUAGGAUUAUUGCUAGCUGCCUUAGGCUUUGACAGUAAAACUCGCCUCUAUCUUGCUUCACACAAGGUGUACGGAGGGGAGUCUCGGAUCUCUACCCUGCGAAAGCUUUUCCCAUUGAUGGAGGAUAAGAAGAGCCUUGCAUCUGUAGAGGAGCUCACAAAGGUAGAAGGGAAGGCCUCUCUACUAGCUGCUGUUGAUUAUUAUGUGAGUGUGCAUAGUGAUAUCUUCAUCUCUGCAUCUCCAGGAAAUAUGCACAAUGCAGUGCUGGGCCACCGGACGUAUGAAAACUUGAAGACCAUACGGCCCAAUAUGGCAUUGCUAGGCCAGCUCUUUUUGAACAAGAGCAUAGGAUGGUCUGAGUUCGAGCAGGCUGUUCGGGCGGGGCACAAAGGUAGAUACGGACAAAUUCGGUUGAGGAAGCCAAAGCAAUCCAUCUAUACAUACCCUGCCCCUGAUUGUAUGUGUCGAGGGUGAAUUAGUUGAAGGUUCAUAUCCUCUUCUAGUUCUUUUUUGUGAAAGGAGUGAAUUAAUUGAAGCUUCAGUUCGACUUCAGAUUAGUUACAUCUGAACAAUUGAAGGUUGGUUUGCUGAGAUGCCUUAAAUUUUCAGGUGGUAUCGUUGUUAACUUAUUGGUAAGCCUCUCAUAAAACGAUAUCUUUCCUAGAUGUUAUAUCUUGGUGUCAUGUAGAUUUAAGUAUGUAAACAGUUCUGUAAAAUGGCAUCCUGAAUUUGGAGUUGCUAAUCCUUGAGCUCGAAGGACUCUUUAUUUAUUGUACUUCGACUUCCUCUGUAAAUAGCUUGACACGAAAGAAAAUUAUCUGUUUCUAAUCA